GGUAGACUGUUGUAUUUUUGUGGUUCAUGAGCAUUGCAACACAUGUGCCGAUGGAGAGCGGCAGCGAUGACGGACGUGCGAAGUUUAUGACAAUCAAGAAGACGGUCGUGGCAGCGGCUGUGACAGCCGUGCUCUUUUGUUGUCAGCAGGAGAGGGCAUUGGGCAUAAUGAGAGCGCAGAUCCGCACGCGGAGGAGGAAGACACUUCAUCAAGUCUCGGUCGAAGGGCGGGAUACCGUGGCCAUCACCGAGGCUGCAGUUCAGGCUUGCUGCGCCAUGGGUUGCAGUGUUCUUCCACGAGCGACGACGAGGUGGUGGAUGAAAAGGAGGACCGGGGGGGCGUCGGAGGAUCUCAGGCAAUGCGAUGAUGCGCCGGAGGAGUACUUCUGGGAGAAGCUGCGUAUGUCACCAUGUGUCUUUCGGGCGAUGGCGAUUGCAUCCAGUGUCGACGAACGCUCGUGGGAUGCGCUGCCGAUGUCGAUGUCGGCUGCAGUCGGCCUCGAUCCCUCGUCUUCUCUGCUGGAGGCCUUCAAUAGAGGUCAGCCAUCAACGAUAGAGGAAGCACACGUGGAACGGGAGAACCACGACAAGCAAAAUUGUGACUAGGAGCAGCAGUGGCAACCUUCAAUAGCGGUCGGCCAUCAACAACACGUACGACAGGGCCGUAAUUCUACGACCACGCUGAAGGUCCACCAAACAGCAACGAUAAAGGGAGCAGACGCUC